UCUCAGUGUCUGGUGAUGUUUCUGUACUCGCUGCUGCGGCAGAAGGAUGAAGAUGAGGAUGAAGAGUCCCAGAAGUCCUGGAUCGAACACAGUUUCACCAAGAGGGAAUGUGUCUAUAUACUGCCCGUGUCAAAAGACCCGCACAGAUGCCUCCCAGGAUGCCAAAUCUGUCAGCAGCUCGUGCGAUGCUGCUGUGGGCGUCUGGUUCGGCAGCACGUGGGCUUCAGCGCCACACUGGCAGUGAAAUACUCAGACGUGCGUCUGACCGAGGGAGAGCUGUCCGAUCUGGAGCAGUGGUCAGUGGAGAAGCACACGGAGGAGAGUCCCACUGACGCUUAUGGAGUCAUCAACUUCCAGGGAGGAUCCCACUCAUACAGAGCCAAGUAUGUGCGUCUCUCCUAUGACUCCCGUCCGGAGGCCAUCCUGAGGCUCAUGCUGAAGGAGUGGCAGAUGGAGCUGCCAAAGAUCGUCAUCAGUGUUCACGGGGGAAUCCAGAACUUCGACCUGCAUCCGCGGAUCAAACAGGUGGUGGGAAAAGGACUGAUCAAAGCUGCUGUCACCACCGGGGCCUGGAUCCUGACCGGAGGGGUCAACACAGGUGUGGCCAAACAUGUGGGGGACGCUCUGAAGGAACAUAUGUCCAGAUCGGCUCGGAAAAUCUGUACGGUGGGAAUCGCACCCUGGGGAGUGAUCGAAAACAGGAACGACCUCAUCGGAAGAGACGUUGUAGCGCCCUACCAAACCCUGCUGAAUCCUCUCAGUAAACUCAACGUCCUGAAUAACUUCCACUCUCAUUUCGUCCUGGUGGAUGAUGGGACAGUCGGGAAAUAUGGAGCUGAAGUCAAACUCAGGAGAGAACUGGAGAAACACAUUAACCUGCAGAGAAUCCACGCCCGCAUUGGUCAGGGCGUCCCGGUCGUGGCUCUGAUCUUCGAAGGCGGUCCAAACGUGAUCCUGACGGUGCUGGAGUAUCUUCAGGAGAGUCCUCCGGUGCCGGUGGUGGUGUGUGAGGGAACCGGACGCGCCGCUGAUAUACUGGCAUACGUACACAAGCAGACGGAGCAGGACGGAGCGCUUCCUGACGGCGUCGAGGCCGACAUUAUUGCGACAAUCAAGAAAACUUUCAAUUUCAGCCAGAGUGACGCACUGCAUCUCUUCCAGACGCUGAUGGAGUGCAUGAAGAACAAAGAGCUGAUCACAGUGUUUCCUGUGGGCUCGGAGGACCAUCAGGACAUCGAUGUGGCAAUCCUGAAGGCUCUGCUGAAAGGCACAAACGCGUCGGCCUUCGAUCAGCUGGUCCUGACACUGGCGUGGGAUCGGGUGGACAUCGCUAAAGAUCACGUGUUUGUUUACGGACAACAGCUGCUGGUGGGCUCCCUCGAGCAGGCGAUGUUGGAUGCUUUGGUGAUGGACCGCGUGGAGUUUGUGAAGCUCCUGAUCGAGAAUGGUGUCAGUAUGCACCGCUUCCUCACAAUCACACGCCUGGAGGAGCUCUACAACACGAAGCAAACUCCGACCAAUCCGACGCUCUAUCACCUGGUGAGGGACGUCAAACAGGGUAACCUCCCGCCCAACUAUAAGAUCACGCUGAUCGACGUGGGUCUGGUGAUCGAGUUUCUGAUGGGAGGAACGUACCGGUGCAACUACACACGCAAACGCUUCCGCAUCAUCUACAACAACCUGCAUGGGAACAGCCGGCGGUCAGGACGACACACGGGCAGCAGCUCACACGAGUCCUUCAGCAUUCAGGCAGAUAAGAAAGAGAAGACACGACACAAUCACUUCAUCAAAACGGCACAGCCCUACAAGCCCAGGCUGGACUCGGUCUCAGAGCUGCAGAAGAAGAAGAGUAAGGAGGAGGUGGUGGACAUCGAUGACCCGGAGACGCGCCGGUUCCCGUACCCCUUCAACGAGCUGCUGGUGUGGGCCGUGCUGAUGAAGCGGCAGAAGAUGUCUCUGUUCUUCUGGCAGCACGGAGAGGAGUCCAUGGCCAAAGCUCUGGUGGCCUGCAAACUGCUGCGCUCCAUGGGAUACGAGGCCAAGAAGAGCGACGUGGUGGACGACACGUCCGAGGAGCUGAAGGAGUAUUCCAGUGAGUUCGGCACGCUGGCCGUGGAUCUGCUGGAGCAGUCGUUCAGACAGGACGAGACCAUGGCCAUGAAGCUGCUGACCUACGAGCUGAAGAACUGGAGUAACUCCACCUGUCUGAAGCUGGCCGUGUCGUCACGUCUCCGUCCGUUCGUGGCUCACACCUGCACACAGAUGCUGCUCUCCGACAUGUGGAUGGGCCGCCUGAACAUGCGCAAGAACUCCUGGUACAAGGUGAUCCUGAGCAUCCUGGUUCCUCCUGCCAUCCUCCUGCUGGAGUACAAGACUAAAGCGGAGAUGUCCCACAUCCCUCAGUCGCAGGACGCUCAUCAGAGCAUGGAGGACAGCGAGCACAGCCUGCAGAAGCCUGACGACAUCCCCAUGGAUGUGUUUAAGGAAGUCCGUCCCAAUGAGAACGCUGAUGUGAAGAGUGAGACGGAGGUGCACGUGCGCUCUCGCCGGUUACCCAUCACACGCAGGUUCUACGCCUUCUACCACGCACCCAUCGUCAAGUUCUGGUUCAACACGCUCUUCUACAUCGGCUUCCUGAUGCUGUAUUCAUACGUGGUGUUGGUGAAGAUGGAGUCGUUCCCGUCUCCUCAGGAAUGGGUCGUCAUUCUUUACAUCUUCACGCUGGCGGUGGAGAAGAUUCGAGAGAUGUUCAUGUCUGAAGGAGGUAAAAUCAGUCAGAAGAUUAAAGUCUGGUUCGGCGACUACUUCAACGUUUCUGAUUUCCUGGCCAUCCUGAUGUUCUUCGUGGGCUUCGGUCUGCGCUUCGGCUCGGGGAGCGUGUUCAUCGCGGGCCGGAUCGUGUACUGUCUGAACAUCAUCUUCUGGUACGUGCGGCUGCUGGACAUCCUGGCGGUCAAUCAGCAGGCCGGACCCUACGUCAUGAUGAUCGGGAAGAUGGUGGCCAACAUGUUCUACAUCGUGGUCAUCAUGGCCGUGGUGCUGCUGAGUUAUGGGGUUCCCCGGAAAGCCAUUCUGUACCCAAACGAGGAUCCCUCAUGGACUUUAGCCAAAGAUGUGGUGUUCCAGCCCUACUGGAUGAUGUACGGUGAAGUCUACGCCUACGAGAUCGACGUGUGUGCGAACUCGAGCGAGGAUCACGCUAAGGAGCUGUGUGCGACGGGUGUGUGGCUGACGCCGCUGCUGCAGGCCGUCUAUCUGUUCGUCCAGUACAUCCUGAUGGUCAACCUGCUCAUCGCCUUCUUCAAUAACGUCUACUUGCAGGUGAAGUCCAUAUCCAACCUGGUGUGGAAAUACCAGCGCUAUCACUUCAUCAUGGCGUACCACGACAAGCCCGUCCUUCCUCCGCCGCUGAUUCUGCUCAGCCACGCCGCGUCUGUGCUGUCCUCCAUCUGCAGGAAGAGGAAGAAGGACAGCAGCACCUACGGCCCAAAGCUCUUCCUGACCGAGGAGGACCAGAAGAAGCUGCACGACUUCGAGGAGCAGUGCGUGGAGACAUACUUCCACGAGAAAGACGAUCAGUUUCACUCUGGGAGUGAAGAGAGAAUCAGACUCACGUCCGACAGGGUGGAAACGAUGUGUGUGCAGCUGAAGGAGGUGGGAAACAAGGUGAACUUCAUCAAGCGCUCUCUGCACACGCUGGAUUCUCAGAUCGGACACCUGCAGGACCUGUCUGCGCUCACGGUGGACACACUGAAGGCACUGACCGCGCAGCGAGCGUCCGAGGCUAGCAAAGUGCACAACCAGAUCACACGCGAGCUCAGCGUCUCCAAGAACCUGGGGCCCGACCUGACGGGGCACUCGAAGUCCAGCGCUCUGGUGCGGUGCAGCGUGGGAUUCCUGCCUCCCACCACCAGCAUAGCAGAGUCUCUGUUCGGAGGCGGAGCUGGAGGCGGAGUCGAGGACUGGCCGGGGGCGGAGCUUCCUCUGAGUUCUGAGGCUGGAUCGAGGUCGGAUCCGGCUCCAGCCACGUUCUUCGUCAGCACACCGCUGCAGCUCACAGACUCUCACACACACACGGAGCCGGUGCACGCCGCGGUGGAGUUCGGGGCCUUCGUGGGUGAGUAUGAGGAGGAAGAGGAGGGUGUUUAUGAGAGGAGUGAUGAAGACCCCCCAGGGGUGGUCGUGAGUGAGCCUGAGCACCAGGGAUACGUCAAUCACGCCUUCGCUGAUGAUGAAGACGACCCGCCCGAAAGAAACACCCCCCUCCCUCGGCCCCCUCCUCUCGGGCCCCGGGGCCCCCGCUGCUUCUGGAGACACGGCCGCUGCAGACCAGCGCUGAGGAGCGGAGGUCACAAGGAUGAUCCUGAGGGUCAGAGGUCGUUCCCUAAAGAGGGUGCUGUGAGCGGCCGGCAGUCGAGUCCCUCCAGAAAGGCUCGGGAUGCGGCGGUGGCUCAGGGUCACAUGCGGAUGGUGAACUCGUACGCCGGCUUCACAGAGUUCGACAGAAACCCCUCGUUCCUGCAUCCAGAGUCCACGCUCAGUAAGCAGGAGAGGACACGUGUGUCACUGGAGGACGUCUCACGUUAUGAGGAUCUGCUGCUGGGGAAGUCAGCACAAUCCAGCAGACUGAGUCCAGGAGAUGACAUCUCAAACACUGCAGGUCUGUACACCGGGCGACACCCCCCCCUGGGGCCGCGUAAGGACUCGAUCGGUUCUCCGUUCAAGCCCAUGGAGAGUUAUCAGUAUUCAGCGGUGGAGCGUAAUAACCUGAUGCGGUUGUCUCAGAGUAUUCCAUUCACCCCAGUGCCCCCUAGAGGUGAACCGGUGACCGUGUACCGUCUGGAGGAGAGCUCUCCCAACAGCAUCAAUAACAGCAUGUCGUCCUGGGCUCAGCGUGGUCUCUGUGCUAAGAUCGAGUUCCUCAGUAAGGAGGAGAUGGGUGGAGGUCUGCGCCGGGCGCUGAAGGUGCUCUGCACCUGGUCCGAGUACGACAUCCUCAAGCCUGGACACCUGUACAUCGUCAAGUCCUUCCUGCCCGAGGUGGUCAACACCUGGCAGAGCAUCUACAGAGAGGACACUGUCCUGCACCUCUGUCUCAGGGAAAUUCAGCAGCAGAGAGCAGCUCAGAAACUCACGUUUGCCUUCAAUCAGAUCAGACCCAAAACCAUCCCGUACUCACCCAGGUUUCUGGAGGUCUUCCUGCUCUACUGUCACUCUGCCGGUCAGUGGUUUGCCAUCGAGGAGUGCAUCACUGGAGACUUCCGCAAGUUUAAUAAUAACAACGGGGAUGAAAUCGUGCCGACCAACCUUCUGGAGGAAACCAUGCUGGCCUUCAGCCACUGGACGUAUGAGUACACUCGAGGAGAGCUGCUGGUGCUGGACCUGCAGGGGGUCGGUGAGAUACUGACAGAUCCAUCAGUCAUUAAGAGCGGAGAGAAAGGGUCUUAUGAUAUGAUCUUUGGCCCUGCGAAUCUCGGAGACGAUGCCAUUCGAAACUUCCGUACCAAACAUCACUGCAACUCCUGCUGCAGAAAACUCAAACUUCCCGAUCUGAAGCGUAACGACUAUACUCCUGAUAAACUGACGCUGCAGCACGACUCCUGCGAGGGACCGUCCCACUCUCCGCCUGCAGGGGGCGCCGCUAAAGAACAGCGGCCCUCAAUGCGCCUAAUGCUGUGAGCCGACCACACACACAUCACUGAAAACACUUCGCAAGACAGAGACUAAGACACGGGGUGUGUGUGUGUCUGUGUGGAGGAGACGUUUUAUACGAACGCAUCGCCUCUGAACAGAUGCAAUCUUGAGAUGUUUUAAUAAGUCACAUUUUAUCCUGUACAAUUAUAACAGGGAGUAUGAGCUUUUAAAAGUAUUUUUAAAUUUUUUAUGUGUGUAUGAAACUAUAAAGUGUUUAAUAACUGGUACAAUAUCACUGUAUAAAGUUAAAUAUUUAUUCUAAACUACAAGAAGUUGUCUUGUAAAAAAUAAAAGCAAUUUUAUAUGUGCUGUCUGUCACUUUUUGGAAAGAACACUUGCUCAUGAUACUAUGAUCAGAUUUUGUACAGAGCUCUAUGCCAAGAGAAUGUUUUUAUUUACAGAGCUGUAUGAAUGCAUCAUGGUUCAGACUUCACACGUGUUUUGAAUCUCUGAUUUCACUGAAACCAGUCCAUGCAAUUAAUACUCAUCUUUAUAAUGUUACAGAGGUACUGUCGUCAGAGCAUCAUGUGAGAGGGUUAAUAGUGUAUCUCAUAGAUACAUUUAUCUGGAUGCUACCAGCUGAAACAUGAGAAUAUUUGAUGCUGGGGAUACUAUAUUAAUGGACCUGUAUACAUUUUAUACUGUAUAUUUAAUAAAACACUGAAUUGUCUG